UUAUAAAAGAACACACCGGGAGCAUGAAGACUGUUCAUGUCAAGCCCAGAUCUGCUGUUUAACUCCUGGUAACAAGGAUCCGUGCUGAUCUAGAGGAAGACCACCAGGAGAAUAGUUUGUGGGCUGCUGUGUCCUAACAAGAGGCUUGACGGAAUCCGAAUCAGGACACGUCUCAUGCUGAGUGACCAAGAAAAUCUACUUUUUUUUUGAAUUACAAUUUCUGAUUUUUUUUUCUCUGUGGCCAUGAGCGGAUCGAACUUCUUCGGGUCUUUGGUUUUGUGCGCUUUGUUUUUGCCGCUUUCUGAGCCGAGCGGUCAGAUCCUGAAGUGCCACGAAGUGCGCUCAUCCUUCCAGUUUCUGCAUCCAGGCACCAAGUGGGCUCCGGAAACCCCAGUGUCAGGCUCAGACCUGCAAGUUUGCCAGUCGAAAGGCCUCACUUGCUGCUCUCGCAAAAUGGAAGAGCGUUACCUCCUCACCGCCAAACAGAACUUGGAGUCAAAUCUGCAGUCCAGCAGCGCCCAGCUCAAACUCCUCAUCAUCCAGAACGCAGCUCUCUUUCAAGAGGCCUUUGACAUGGUGUUGCGCUUGGGUCGUAACUCUACUCUCACCCUGCUGAGGGAGGAGUUUCCCGGCCUGGGGAGUGGAGCCAAUGGUGCUGCCACUCAGCUCUUCAUGGAAAUGUCCCUCUACAUCCUUGGCUCUGAUGCAAAUGUGGACGACAUGGUGAUUUCCUUCUUCUCACGUCUCUUUCCUCUUGCCUAUCGCCGCCUCUUGGACAAUGGGGCAGCAGCAGGAAUAUCAGAGGAGUGCAUGCAGAGGACGUGGCGUGAGGUCUCAGCAUUCGGCUCUUACCCUAAGCUAAUGAUGACGCGCCUCUCACGUUCCCUGCUGGCCACGCGUCUCUUCCUUCAGGCGCUGAACCUGGGCAUCGAGGUGGUAAACACCACGCAGCACCUGAAGGCAGGACGGGAGUGUGGCCGGGCACUGCUUCGCCUGUGGUACUGUCCACUGUGUCAAGGGCUGAUGGAGGCACGACCAUGUAAGGCAGCGUGUCUUGUAACUAUGGGCACCUGUCUUGGGGGCGCAGCUGAGGUGCAGCCACAUUGGAGGGCUUAUGUGGAGGGAUUGGGCACUUUGGCAGCUGCUAUGAGAGGAGGACAGGACAUUGAGGCAGUGGUGCUCAGGCUACAUGUCAUCAUCCGGAUGGCGCUCAGACACAUUGUGGGGGCCAAGAACAGGGUGAAUGCACAGGUGAGCAGCAUGUGUUCACACACGCCCAAACGCAAGGCUCGUGCAGUGACAUCACCAGUGGAGCCGGCGUUAGUCAUUCAGCCCGUCAACUUCGAUCCAGAUGAGACUCUUUCUGGACAACGCAGAGAGUUUAUCCAGAGCCUGAGGGGCUUCGGUUUCUUCUACGCUAAUCUCGGGGAGACUCUGUGCAGCCGAGACCCAGCGGCACUCAACGGCACCCUCUGCUGGAACGGGCAGGAAAUGACAGACAAGUUUUCAGGUUCAGGGACGAGGAAGAGCCACCCUCAUGGAUCAGACACCAAACACAAGCAGCCCGAGCCGGUCGUCAGCCAGAUCAUUGACAAACUCAAACACAUCAACCAACUUUUACGAAUGGUGACUUCACCGGAGAAGCGGUGGAAGGCUCGCCCAGGAGGGGGCACCGCACGAAGAGAUCCAGACCGACUGAACCAAGGGGUAGAGGAUGAGGAAGGUCUGGAAAGUGGCGACUGUGAUGAUGAAGAUGAAUGUGCUGGAGUUUCAGGACUCGGUCCACCAACACGACGCAAACGUUUACGUAUUUUUUCCGAUCUGGCAGAUAAUUUGGCAAUGGAUGACUUGACCUUUCACGAGUUGCUCCUGACCCCGAGACUCGCGACAGACACACGUGGCGGAGCAUCUGUCCCCGGAGCAGCAGACGGCCUGUAUGUCCCCGCCCGUGUCUUCUUUCUGUUCAUCAUUCUCCUUCACUUUGGAUUCCAGUGAACCCUCCAGUCUGUUUUCCACAGACUCUACUCCCGAACCCAUCUUCAUCAACUCCUUACUGUCCUUUAAACUGGCCAGAGAAUUUGAAAGGACACCACAGCUAAACCUUUGUACAUACAGUGAAAGAUGAUCUAGACUGAGGACAGAAGACUCUUUCUCCCUUUAUGUGUGCUAUCUCUGCUUUUACUUAAUGAAUGUCUGUUUUUUUUGUAAUUCUACAAGGACCUGUUCAGCUGCCAAACCAUUAAAGACGUACUCUCCCAGAGCAUGAUAAAUACGUCACAUAUCCUAACUCAUCCUAUCCCAUUGUGCUUGUAUCCCACAGUACAGUCAUCUGUUUUAAAUGGGACAUUAUUUGUUCUCUGGUGUUUUACACAUGGCUUUACACAAAAAAAAAUCAAGCGUCUUGUAGGUAAAGGACUCAACCCUAUUUUUUCCUUCUGUUUUUGUAAUUUAUUGAAUUUUCUAAAGGAGGAAGACGGUGACUAAUGUGGUCCGGGGAAAUGUAGUGCUUCUAUAGUGGAUAUGGGGUCUGUCUGAUUCCUGGACAUGCUCAAACACACACACACACACACAAACACACACACACACACACCACGUUGCAUCCUAAUUCUGACACUCAUUUCCUCUGCAGUAAAUGAUCCUUGCAGGAGAUCAAGGGAUUGGUAUGUCGUUGUGAAAUCUUCUCACUGCAGGGUGACACCAGCUACAUUUUAUUUGGAGAGAUAACAGUUUAUUAGAAUGGUGACUUUCCCCUUUUCAGUCUUGCUAUCUUUUUUCCCAUUCAUCACUCUUACUUUGAUUUUUUUCUCUCUUUGGAGGCAUAUAUUUAUCUCCUUCUUUGUAUCCUUUCUCUCUCUACUUUCUCUCUGACUCUGGCAGUGAGCGGACAUUUCAUAUUUUGAUGUGUACUGGAGCUGGUUUAUUAAAGAUAUGGCCCAUGUGGACAACCUUAAGUGUCCUCCUCUUGUCUGUGCUUUGAUUUACAAAUUGCUAAGACAAUGGCAUCCAAGAAAGGAGGCACUGUGUUGAUGGCUGAAGUGUUGAACUGUGUUUUUCUUUGUUGCUCAAAUUGGCAUGUAAAUAGAUAUUACUGUAUUACAGAACACUGUAAUAAUUCACUGUACAAUUUAUACUAAAUAA